UCAAAGAGGGCCGGCUGGGGGCAUCAUGCCGAUGAGCUCGUCCCACAGGCCGGGUGCCCCAACCAUGCGAAGGACGCCAGGUGCGUGCAUGGGGAGGGAGCCGACGGACGACCGGCAAGAUGAGGGGGCGAGGGAGGGGCGAAGGCGAUGUAACGAAUGGACGGCGGGGGCUGUGAGGCGACACGCGAGACCCUUCGCAGUGGAUGGGCUGUUGUCGUCGAGGCUCCUGAUCUGCCCGCCCAGGCCAUCCGAGUCGAUGCGCAGCGAUAUACAAUCCUGCAGAGAUGACAGGUGUGGCCUCGUCUCUUCACUACACGCCUCCUUUGUUCGCAUGGCAACCUACCUCUGCAUUGUUAUUGUCCAUCAUCACAUCGUCGUCUCCGCCGCCCCCGGCGGACCCACACUGACGGAUCUUGUCUGCGAGCUGGUGUGCAGGGGACACGACCAUCUCCAUGGCCGGCAGAUCGAAGCUGCUGUCGGUGGCGGGCAGCUCUGCUGGGCCAGCCAUGCGGUCGAGACGACGGGCAACGCGGGCGAGAUCGGGCGCAUCGUGGUGGGCGUAGAGGCCACUGGAGUGCGGCCUGUCGCCGUGGUAGAAGGCCAGCAGGCCACUCAGACCCGCCAGGUAGGACGACACUGACAAUGAAUCAAACACAGCGGCAAUCGUGUGGCGAUGGUUGACGCGAUGAGUCCUGUGUGUCUUUACGUGCACACGUGUACCUUUCUGCUCUGACAGGGUAUUGUUGUCUGCGACACGGGGCUGCUGAAACGAAGGCUGUCGGUCGGGCGGCACCUCUGUUCUGAUGGUGUUGACGAAAUCGGCGACGUUCUUCGGACUCGCACGGCCGUUGCGAUCGAACAGAUAGGGCGACCCACUCACACACUGAACACCAAGGCGACACACCGAUAGAUAUCCGUGCCUCAUGAACAAGGCGCUCCCUUGCCUGUUGCUCACCUUGUCGUGCAGAUAUUGGAAGUAGACAUGUGUGAUGGUGUCGAGCUCCCGACGCGUCUCGACCGUUCGACCAGAGUGCAGCAGGGACGGGAAGGAUGGGUACUCGGGCUGCGAUGCCGACCAGGCCCAGAUGAUGCGAAGGUCCUCGGCACACCGGCCGAUGUCAAACUCAUGAACCGACCCACCUUGCAACGACUGCAGCUGGAGGGAAGCACGACACACCAGGGCGGCAUUCAUGUCAGGGCCCCUUUCGACCGCACAUGCGCGCAUACCUGUACUCUGACGUAGCUACGAAUGGCCUCUCUCAGUCUGUCGACCGACACCACCUCCAGCUCGUCGCACCACACCGCCGACGGGGCUCCACCACCCAGUGCCGGUGAGCCUCCGUCUUCCAUACUCGCCUGACCACACACACCAGGCGAACAAGGGCUCCUUCCCUUCCCCUCUUUCUCUGUGCGUCUUAUUCGGACCGUGUCACGUGUCGACUUGGCGUCGAUCGCUUGCGUCAUGUAGAGGUGCAGCGACGGGAUGUUGAGUGCCGGCGAGAGGCUGAGGAGGAUGCCCUCCUUGUCGAUGCCACCAUACACACAAUACGAUCGGCUCGGGGCAGCCACAUCCAAACAGUGGGGGAAACUACAAACAAGACAGAAACAACACACAUUUCAACGCGAGGGAUGGUCGUGUUGGCUCGAUGCAGGCAGAGUCCUUCUAUUGGCUGCUUACCCUCUGUGGUUGUCAAUUUGGGAUUGGAUGAGUUUGAUCAUCGCUGUCCGCGAGCUCCCGGACGGGAGGUACGGCAGCAGCAGCACUGACACACUAGAGUUGCGAUCAGCGAGGGCGUCAGCAUAUCGCCUGUGCACACAUGUGCACAGUGCGGUGACCGGUAUGCACAUGGAAUAGUGCACCCACCCCCUCACGGACCUUAUGGCAUUUCUGAUGGUUGACGUCAGUUGGGGCAGCAGGUCGUCGGCAGCAGCAGCAGACUCGGCCGCUGGCGGUGAUGGGUCAGACUCUGCAGGACCCCACCCCAUACACACAUGGACAUACAGAUGCACAUACAAUGAGAACAUGUGUGCAUCAUCUGCCCACCGACUACGAGUGCGAUGAAGGUCUUUGGGUUGACGGAAUGGACCAGUGUGUCGAGUCGGUGCGCAACUGCCGUGAACACGAUGUUCGGAUGGGACCCAACUUCAUACCUCCAUGUGUGUGUGGUUCGUGUGCGUGACGGUAGCGCUUGAUAAACUCGAAAUCCUGAGAUCGACUCCCUAUCUUCACCACACGCAUCUCACGCAGUAACGCUGUCAGUCGUACACACAACCCUGCCAAGCGUCCAUCGACACACACCUAGCCAACCCACUAGCC